CUGCGGUCACGGAAAAACAGCGGAAGCAGCGCUCUGACGUCAGCAGGUUAUCAUGGAGGAAUAUGCCCGUGAACCCUGUCCAUGGAGGAUAGUUGAUGACUGUGGCGGUGCAUUUACCAUGGGAGCCAUUGGAGGGGGGGUGUUCCAGUCUGUUAAAGGCUUUCGAAACGCACCUGUGGGUGUUCGACACAGGCUAAGAGGGAGCGCAAAUGCUGUGAGAGUAAGAGCACCACAAAUUGGAGGUAGUUUUGCUGUAUGGGGUGGCCUCUUUUCCACCAUAGACUGUGGUCUGGUGCGUUUGCGGGGUAAAGAAGACCCUUGGAACUCCAUCACCAGUGGAGCCAUGACUGGAGCUAUACUGGCUGCUCGCAGUGGUCCGCUAGCCAUGGUGGGCUCUGCAAUGAUGGGGGGGAUUCUGCUUGCCCUAAUCGAGGGAUUUGGGAUACUUCUUACAAGAUACACAGCACAGCAGUUUCAGAAUCCGAGUCCUUUUGCGGAGGACCCCAGUCAGCUUCCUCCGAAAGAAGGCCAAGAGACACGCGGUUAUGGACAGUAUCAGUAAAAUCACUGUUGCAGUGGUGACUGUAAUAUUAUAGACUGUGAAAAAGAGAGGAUUGUUAGAAGUUUAGGACACUUAUCAUAGUUUACAGUCCCCCUCUUAGACAGGGGGAUCCUCCUGAACCUCUCAUCCUCUAUUAGAUGGCCACUCAGGGGCAAGUAGUAUGCCAUUUGUAUUAUGUAUGAAUUGUAAUAUAAACUUGUCUUUUGUCAUGUUGAAAAAGGAAUAUUGUCACCCUCUCCCAAAGAUUUUCAUCAAGCAUACUGAGGCAGAACUCAAUCUACAUUUUUAUAGUUCAUACAAGCCUGUUUGAACAUCUCAUACUAAUACAAAUAUACUGUAUAGCUAACUAGAACAUGCAGAGAUAUUCCUGAUAUGUAAUUAACCUGCAAGAAGACAUGAAUAAUGAUUGCUGUGAAAGGUAAUUUUAAAAUAGUUCAAAUUUUUAUUUUUACAUCACUGAUGCAGUGUUAUGGAAACAAGCUACAGUACAUUUUAUAUAAGGUUUUUCUUAAUCUAAUACAUGACCUGAACACCAGUGAUCUAUUUUAGAUUUUGAUUUAGAUCUUCUUGAGUUAUUAUAAUUGAGAUCUUUCAGAGACUUACUGAUAAAAUGAAAUUAAUUUAUCUCUAAAACACAAUGUGGAAUCAAUGUGUAUAUUCAACUUUAAUGUUUCUCUACCAAAGUAAAUUCAUUCAUCCUCUCCAUAUUUUCAGUCUCUCCUGUUUGGUACUGAUUAUUUUCCUACGCUCUCUUUAUCACAAUCUUUGUGUAAUGACUCAUAGGUUUUUCUUUUUCCUGGAUUUUUGACUAUUUAUUUUUGGAGCACUGCAGAAAAGGGAGAUGUUUAAGAGGAUAUGUGUGUAUAACCUGUCUCAAUAAAGUAUUUUAUGGUUGAUGCUUA